AUGAGUUUAAAUCCGAUAAAUGAAAUUGGCGAAUCGCCUCGAUCAACAGUUAACUCUUUAAGUACGUCAACUACAUCCUCAGCGUCAUCAUUUUCACAGCACCUUCGUGCACCUAUUAGUACAAGUUUACCAUCAUACUCUUCUUCAGCUUCAACUUAUGUAGGACCUGUCCCGGAAAGGGCAGAGAUAGAAACAGGAACGUCCAAUACAUCAACUUCUACGGAUGAAAUGGAAAGAUCACAUUCAACUUCUACGAUGUAUUCGUUUUCUUCUAGCCCUUUUCAUGAGAAAUCACUUUCCACUGGAUCGAUCUCUGUUAAAGAUAAUAACUCAGUAACAUCAACGCCGUACAUACCACAAACAUCAUCAAUUUCACAUCAUAAAAUGAAUAUGGUUUAUGAUACACCUGUAACUUCAAAAGAGUUGGAAAAAAUGGAGCAAGGAGGACAACAACAUGAUACUUGGGGAUCAUUGGUGGUAAAAGUCUUGCCGUUGUUUAAUGGCGAAGGGUUAAAAUUAUGCAUUGAGGAUUUGAAUGAGUUAGUAAGGCGAUGUAUAAGUGAUAGGUCAACAAAAUUACUCUACGAAGAAAUAAACGAACUUCUAGAGUCGGGAAUGUUUACGUUGAAUGGAAAAUUAAUAGGUGUUCCAGAUGAAAAAUUGGUCUCUCGUUUGGUUGAAUUAUGGUCAUUUUAUUUUGGUACCGUAAUUCCAUAUUUCGAGGGAGUUUUUCUCCCAUUACAAAUACACAAUUCUACUACACAACAAAAUCACAAAAGUAUUAGACGUUUGGUAUUGAUGAGUUUUCGGGAUCAUGUGAUUUUGCCCAUGGGCAAUCGUGUCGAAGAGGCGUUCAAUAAAUUAUUUCACGAUUUCGAUUCAGGUAUUCCCGUAACAGAUACAGCAACUCGUAUGCUACAAAUGUCAUACAUUUUAUCAUCAGUUCUUUCUGAUGAUGAUAAACAAAGAGACAUGGAUAGAAUUUUAGGUAAAUUAAAAAAUAAUUGGAAAUUAUUCAUGAGAAGAAGGGACAGAAGAGCGAGCAUUACUUCCGAAAAUCUUGUUACCACACCAACAAAGUUAUCUAAUCCUACAGGUGACUUUCCUACCAUCACUUUGUAA